CUUGAGCGGCACACGCCAGUUCUAUGGGAGCACAUGUUAUACACCAGCUCCCCUGGGAGGAGUGGGAGGUCUCUCUCACACACACUCACUUUUGGUGCACACAGAUACACAACUGAAUUUCCAUAUCAGUUAUGAUGCAAAACUUGGCACAAGCUUACUAGACAAGCAGGAAGACCCACCCCCUUUUAACAGGACGGUUAGCAAACCCUCCUGGCCGGGGUGAGAGUGUUUGUAUUUGCUCCUUGUCCUUUCAUGCAUACACACACGCGCCUGGCUGUUUGCCUCCUUCAGGACCGGAUGGAUGACUCUAUGGGGGCUCGGCAAGAGAUGGGUGCUUAGUUUGGCCUGGCAAUGAGGCUAACGUCAGAAGUUUCCCAAUGGCAUGAGACGGGUCCCUCCUUCAAUAUUUUGUGAGUUUUCCAUCAGGACCAGUUCCCGCCUGUGUUUGCAGGACCAUGGGUAGCGUCAGCAGCCUUGUUGCUGGAAACAGCCUCAACAGCAAGCAUGUCAAGGCUUCUGACUAUCCGCUAAAGGAAGGAACAAGCUCCCAAAGGAAGAGUGGAGGGUGCAAUCUGGAUGGUUUACUGAAGUGUGGCUUUGCUCAAAGCUCCUCAUCAGCCACUCAUCUCCCUAGAGGACUCUCCCACUCCAGGUCAGGAAGAAGUGAGGACUUCUUUUACAUUAAGGUGAACCAUAAGCAGAGGUCAGCGUACCACAGGGAAAGAUCGUUGGAGAAGGCUGUGAGUAGAAACAAGGAAUCAGACGGACGACAGCAAACCAAACUGCUGUUCAUGCCUGGAAAGAUUUUAGAAAAGCCUCCUGCUGAGAAAUCACUCAUCCACACCACAGCCUUCAAAUCUGUGAACACAACAGCUUCAACGACGGAUUUUGGCAACAUCAUUGGUCCCACGAAGAAAGCAAGCACUCCAAAUGUUGGACACAAACAAGACCCCUUAGGAACGCUCUCAGACUCUGGGCGUAACUCAAUGUCUAGCCUUCCAACACACAGCACCAGUGGCAGUCUAAGAGCCUCAACAGGCCUUGUCAGCCAGAAUGAUGGUAGCACAGCUCUUAUAAACAGCCUCAGCAAAGGACAACAACCCAGUUUCCCUCUAUGGGUCAACGGAAAUAACACAAACCUCGACUGCACUUACAGGGCUUGUUUAAACAGCAGUGUGUCGGCUUCUAAGGCUAAUGAGGGUGCUGGUUCCCCUCUGUCUGCGGACGAACUAAGAAUUCCUUCUGAAAUGGCAGGGGGGAUCCGGUCCCCCAUAACCACAGAUGAGUUUCAGAUUGAGCAUCUAGAACAGAGACUUCUGGAGAGGGAAACCGAACUUCAAGAGCUGCAGGUGAGUUUAGAGGAGAAGGAGGCUGAGACAUGCGUUUUGUUUGAGGAGAGACAAAGGUUCUGUGCAGAGGAGAUUGAUGGACUGAAGGAUCGAUGUAAGGCACAGCUUCGGGAAGUCUCCCACGUUAAUGCAAAAACCCAUCAGGCUCUUCAGCAGCAAGUUUGCUACCUCCAGAUAGAGAAUGGGAAGCUUCAAGAAGAUGUCUCAAAGCUGACUCGAGAGAAAGACCUCGCUGAACUCAGACUGAGGUCAUAUGAGAAAGAGAGCACUCAGCUUGUGCCAACACUUGAGGAAAUACAGUGGGAGGUGUGUCAGAAAACAGGAGAAAUAUCUUUACUGAAGCAGCAACUGCGGGACUGCCAAGCAGACGUGAGCCACAAGCUGAAUGAGAUAGUCAGUCUCAGAGCAUCACUAAAGGAAAAUUCAGCCAGAGUGGAGAGGCUUGAGCAACAGAACAAGGACUACGAAGAGAAACUGUACUCAUGCACCAGAGAGGCUGAGGUGUGCCACAAUGAACUUCAGCGCAAAAAGAUUGAGGCUGAUUUUCUUAGAGUCAAUGUCGGCAAACUGGAGCAAGACAUUCAGCAAGUCAAACAGGAUCUUCUCACAGCUGGAGAGCAGAAGCUGCAGAAAGGUUUAGAAAUUGAGAGACCAGAUCAGGAGUUGGACAUCCCUGACCAGGUCCAAGAGACAGAGAGCCAAAAGCACAUUUUCACUGUAUCGCUCCAAAGGGAAGUGGACAGACUGAAGGAGGAGCUCAGGGAGGAGAAGAAUGCUCAGGAGAGGCUGGUCAGCAGCUUUGAGCAGGAAAGGCAAACAUGGAACAAGGAGAAGGACAGGGUGAUCAGAUACCAGAAGCAGCUCCAGAUCAAUUACCUACAAAUGCACAAGAGGAACCAAGACCUGGAGAGGAUCCUGAAGGAGCUGACAGCUGAGCUCGAGAGCCGAACACAGCCAAGCCUCGACCUCAGAUACAGCGCAGGGUUACAAACUUAUGAGGACGUCAUUGCCACAGAGAUUUGAUCAGAGCCGUCACUUGUUUCUAUUUUAAAAACGCCAUUGCAGUUCUAUGUUUUGUCAAUUACUCACUUAAAGCACUGAUUCUUUUUUUUAAGCUUAGUUUAUUUAUUUAAAACUGUGAUAUAAUAGAAUAAUCAAUACUAUUAAAAUUGUUAUUGAUGUUGAUAUUGUUUUUACUUGUUUAAGAGUAAAAGAUAGAUUUUCUAUGGCAUAAUAGGUUUAUUUUUUAUUAUUGUCUAUAACAGGAACAAGUUUUGAUUUUGUCUGAAAUUAGAAAAAUGUUUUUUGUAAGGUUGAUGUCGUAUAGAACCAGGGUUUCCUUAUAAUCUCUUUUACAUUUGUCUUUCCAGCAUGACAACAAGACAACAACAUAUAGUGUUAUGAACACUGGGGAACUCUAACCACUGUUGUCAUGCCACUGUAUGCUUCCACAGUGUUUACUCUUACUGUUAUUAAAGCAAAGAGUUUGAACAAUUCAAAUUUCAAACAGCAAAA